AUGUUGGUCAAUAAUUUGGUGAAAAUUUUUUUAACUUUGUUUCCAAUUUUAGUUAAAUCAGAUCCUGAUUAUGUUUCCCCUCGAACUGAAUUACCUUACAAUUCAACGGUAACUGAUUGUCGAGCCGUUGGUCGAGCCCGAUAUCAGCAUUCAUGUGUCUUAGCGCCAAUGACCACCUCUGGUCCAUAUUUUAUUCCGGAGCCACUUCGACGGGUCAAUAUCCGUGAAAACGAAAUUGGGUCUCGAAUGGAUUUGAUCAUCGGUGUAACUAAUUCCCGUAGUUGUCGACCAGUGUCCGGUGCUGAUGUUUACAUUUGGCAUGCCAACUCUUUCGGUAAUUAUUCAGGUUUCAACGAUUUAGCUGGUGUCCAAUGGGCUAACGAUGGUAAUUCAAUUCCACAAUUAACUUCCCGUUGGCUACGUGGUGUCCAACGAACAACCCAGACGGGACAAGUUCGAUUUAUUUCCAUUGUACCUGGUUGGUAUAGAGGUCGAUCGCUUCAUAUUCACAUUGAAAUUCGAAUGGGCAAUAAUCUGGUCUAUGUUGGUCAACUGUUUUUCACUGAAGAAUUUGGUGAACUUUUAGAACAAGUUUCCCAUAUAAUACGGUGA